UUAGUUUACCACCACAACUUCUUAACCUAUUUCUACAUUGCAUGCCGUACAUUCAAAAGAAAUAUACGGUUAAUGAUUUGCGGUUGAAAUAGGAUCAUCAUUAUCAAUUUAAUUACAACAAGAGAUACAUAUGAUUAACUAUUCUUAUCAUGCCACCGAAGAGAGGAAGACCUUACUUUAAAUCGCAAAAUGCACAGUGUAAGCAAAGCAGACACCAGGAAUAUAGACAUUAUGAUCAACUAUCUGAAAAAGAUGUGGGAAUUACUGAAUAUUUAGGUGACCUAGAAGGAUUUUCAGGCAUAAUCAAAGCACGAUAUUCUGAUUUCCAACUAAAUGAAAUAGAUUUAGAUGGAAACAUAGCAAAAUUGACUGAUACGUCAAUUCCCAAAGAUUUUACCCCCAAAAUGACUAAACACAAUUACAAUGAAGUUCAAAACAGUCCCAAUAAACACAUACCACAAGAAAUAUGGGAAGUAAUUAAAACAUUAGCAAACAAUGGUGGUACAGAUACAGAAUCCAUCUCUCUGAAUAUUGAACAUCUUGAUAAGGAAGAAAGACUGGAAUUACAUACCUGCAUCAAAAGUUAUUUUGGCCAAAAGGUGAUUGCAUCUACUGUAAGUGUUGAUAAUAAGAGACACAUCCAGAUUAAAAAAUAUGAAAAAGAGAUGAAACAAGAUGUACGGUCUCAGUGGCCUCCAGAUAAAGGAGAAUAUGUAUAUUUUAUUUUAUACAAAGAAAAAAUGGAUACUUUAGAAGCGGCUUUCAAAAUUAGUAAUGCUCUAAAUAUAUCUACAGGAAAAUUUACACAUGCUGGUAAUAAAGAUAGAAGAUCAAUUUCUUCCCAGUGGUUUUGCGUUCAUAAAGUAGAACCAUGGAAAUUAAUAACGAAAACUCGGAAACUAUUCAAUAUUAAAGUAGGAAAUAUCACAUUUAAAGAUACCCCUUUGCAACUAGGACAGUUGAAGGGUAAUAGAUUUAGAAUUGCCUUAAGGAAUGUAACUAGUUCAGAUGAAGCAAUAAAUAAAGCUUUAAACUAUUUAAAUGAACAUGGGUUCAUCAACUACUAUGGGUUACAAAGAUUUGGAAAUGAUAAGGAUGUACCUACGUUUAAAGUAGGAAUCAGUCUUUUACAAGGGAAAUGGAAAGAGGCAAUAGACCAAAUUUUGAAACCAAAAUUAUCAGAUGAUCCGUCCUCUAAUCAAGGUGAUAUAAUAAAAGCUAAAAAUAUUUAUGCAGAAACUGGCAAUGCAAAAGAAGCCUACAAAGUGCUUCAGCGAAACAAGUCGAGCGUGGAAGGAAAACUUUUAGAAGGUUUAAAUUCUUCAGCGGAAAACGACUAUGUCAAUGCAUUAGAGAAGAUUCCGAGAUCGAUGCGACUGUUAUAUAUACAUGCUUUCCAAAGUUUGAUUUGGAAUAAAAUGGUUUCCAAACGUUUGCAAUUAUUUGGUAUGAAACCUGUCGCUGGAGACCUGGUACUGAGUAAUAAAGAAGAAUCAAACGGGGAAACUGAACUGAUUGAACAAGAAGAAGAGCACACCACAAGAGUUAAACGUAGAAAGUUGGUAAAAACUUUGACUGAAGAUGAUUUAGGAAAUUAUUCAAUGUAUGAUGUUGUGAUGACAUUACCAGGAUAUGAUGUUAUUUAUCCCGAACAUUUGAAACAAUUUUAUAAAGAAAGUGUUGAAGAAUGUGGUUUAGAUCUAGAAAUGUCACAACAAAGUGUUAAAACAUACAAUUUGUCAGGUGAUUAUAGAAAUAUUUUGGGAAGACCUCAAGAUUUAACAUGGAAGAUAGUUUCAUAUAAUGACCCUACAGACAAUUUAAUUAUAUCUGAUUUGCAAGAAAUGAAGGGAGAUACUAUGCUUCAAACAGUGGAAAAUGGAAAAUAUAAAGCUGUUAUUAUGGAAUUUACUUUAUCCACUUGCCAUUACGCAACCAUGCUACUUAGGCAAAUUAUGAAAGUAGAUACGGCUACCAGCGUUCAUUCAAAAUUGAACGAUUACCACGUUUCGAAUCAAGUAAAAAAUAUUCCCAAGAUAUCUGUAGAAAGUGAACCCGAGGUUCAAGAAAACGAGACUAACCAUAUUUCAAAUAGUUUAUUGACAGAUCCUCUUAAAUAUGAAUUGUUUAAGAAAACCGUUUUUAAUACAGUUGAAUCAACAACUAAUACUGAUGAUGAAGAACUUCCUCUGAAGAAACGUAAAUUAGAAGAAAAUACUUAGUAAGCAGAUAUGUUCUAAAAAUUAAAAUAUUUGAGUUAUA